UUUCCAAUGUAACGUUGUUAUUUUUUCCGGUUGCAUAGCCGUUGCCAUGUUUGAACGGGUCCUGGUUGGCUGAACUCAGGGGUUUAAGGAAGCUUGUCCGCCCGGCAGUCGGAGCGGAGGGGGACUCGAUAGAGCAGAGCUUCAGGCGGAGUGAGUGAGCUGGUGACGGACACCGAAAUAUCUCAACGACGGUCGACGGCUCUCCUUAACAUCUCUAAUCAACGCUUGCACUGAACAAUCUCUUACCGUAACUGACGUUUUGUGUCACACAGAGAUUGAACAAUGUGAUUGUGAUCGGAGGCAGCAGCACUCCAAUGGUCCAGGACCUCAACUUUCUUCACUAGAAUGUACUUGAUGAAUGUACCUCCUGUCGCAGCGACGCAAACAGAAUGGAGAACAUGUGGCCCACCUGGAGGCUAUAGCCUUCCAAUCUGCUUCAAUGACUCGGACCCUGAGUUGUCCACCAGAGGCACACCUAUCUCAGACAAGGUCCAGAUGAUCAUAGAGAGCCUUAGGAGUACCCAGUCCUCACUUGAGAUGGGCGAUGAGAUUGAGGGAAAUGUGCUAUCAGGACAAGAAGGUCAUCCCAAAGCCUGCAAGGUCGCAGUGGGUUCUUAUGUGGGAGCUAAGUCCAAAACUAAAGGUCCCACUGAAAACCAACUAGAAGAUGCUUCGUCCCCAAUGAAUCAUGAGAGCAAUGACUCUGACAGUGAUGAUUCUGUGGAUAGAGGAAUCGAGGAGGCCAUACUGGAAUACCUGAAGGAAAAGGAUGGUCACAAGCGCAAGGCGGAACCCUGCUAUAGCAUGCUCCAAUCAUCCAAAAUUCCCAGGAAAAACCCACCUGCUCAUGAAGUUUCCAAACAGGACUCCGACAGCAACACAUUUUUGAUUGCUAAUAAUCAGUUUCCAAAAAGCCUCAAAGCUGAGACUCCACCAACACCAGCUAGUAUACCUAUAAAGAAGUAUAUUAAACAGAAAGCCUCCUUAGAAGAAAAUGCUGUUAAGAAAUUUGACAUACCAACCAAAAGUUUAGUCUUGCCCAAAGAGCAGACACAAAGCCCCUCUAAAACCAUCAGCCACAUCAACAAAGUAAAGUGCCCAGUCAACUAUUAUUUGGAGGACGAAUCAAAUGAUUCAAGCAGUGAUGACGGCAUUGAGGAAGCCAUUCAAAGAUACCAGUUAGAGAAAAAGGAGCAGCAAAUCAAAAGGGAAGCUUUCACUCCCCACGAAUUUAGUGAGGAGUCAGACUCGACAAGUGAUGAUGGGAUUGAAGAAGCUAUUCGUUGCUACCAACUUGAGCAACUCAAGGAGAAAAGUGUUCUGAAGCCAUUCUUGCACCAGCCUAAAUCCUUAAUACAUGCUGUUGGAAGUACAAGCAUGGAUAACGUGAAGAAAAGCAAACUGAUAAAGAAAAAGACAAGAACAGAGAAAGACGUAAAAGCUGCUCAACCUCCCUCAUCUGUCUCUGUACCCAAGAAUACAUUUUCAGAGAGUUUGAAAGCUAAAGGAAAUGGAUUGCUUUUUCUAAAAAUGGAGAGUUCUAAUGAGGCAAUUACUCAUACGUCUGCCCCCCCAAAGGUUAAUACAACAGCAGAGCUUAUGUGUGCUGAGGCAAUACUGGACAUUUCAAAAACUGUUAUGCCUGGGCCCUUCCAUCACAAUGUUGGCCUUAGCAGUUAUGCCCCUUCAGAAUCUUCCCUGCAAUCUUCCCUUGCUGAUAACGGCCAAGAAGAAGAAAGUGAUGGCAGCUCAAUUGAUAGUGAGGAUGGGAUUGAGCAAGAAAUCAGGAAAUUUCUAGAGCAGAAAGCCCAAAUGCACCAACAGCCAUCUGCCUCUGAUAAGACUCAAGAGGUUCAAAGUAUAAAUCAACCAGAAGAAGCAAAGCCUGUUGCAACCCAGAAGAAACCUCUCCGAUUGUCUUUGACACAGAGAAGAAAACACAGAGACAAAACCUUGUCCAACACCUCAGUGAUGGAAAACAAAGUGAAAGAAUCAUCUCCUAAACCUUUACCUGAACACAGAAAAGAAGCAAGCCAGAGAAGUCAAAAAAACCUCGCUGGACUGCACGAGAAAGAGCAAAGUGGAGACAAAAGCAGCUCACUUGACAGUGACGAAGACCUGGACACUGCCAUAAAAGACCUGCUCAAGACAAAAAAGAAGUCAAAGAAGAAAACAAGAGAUUUAAAGCUGAAAUCAAGGAAGUUCCUUAAGGACGAAGAACCUGUGCUAGGAAAUGCUUCACAACCCAAAAAGUUAAAACAAAAUCCUACUUCCAGGCGCAGUGCUUUGAAAAAGGUGCAAAAGUGUAAGGAUGACAUGAAAGACAAAUCUGGGUUGAGUAAAAAGAUAGUUUUACAACAUAAGCAAGCAGACAAAAUGAAAGAGCAUGAUACGCAUAAAGUUGAAACAGCGAAUUUGAAAGCGCCUGAGUGUCAAGACAUCCUGCUGCUCCAUACUCAGACUGCUCAUCAGAUCAAGGAAGAUAGCAGUGCAGUAGACAGUGAUGAUAGCAUUGAGCAAGAGAUCAGAAGGUUUCUGGCUGACAAGGCUAAAGGUUCCACUGCAGAGAAAGGCAAAGAUGAAGAUUUAUUGAGGAAUGGCACUGAUGUUGCUUGUAGCCCUCUUCAAAAUAAAGACAUUAAACAGGAAUAUCAGCUGGCUGAAAUUCCAAUAAAUAGUACCAGUCCUCUCUCUGGAAGGUCUCCCCUAAGUAAUCAGCCUGUUCCUACACCACAGAGUUCAGAACCAGACAUCUCUUCUGUUGGAGUACAAUUACGUAUGUCCGCAGUCCUGCCCUGCAGCCCCAGUCUAUUGCAGCCAGCGGAUGGGGCCGGGGCCGCUAGAACUGAGCCAAACUGGCCUAGCGCUGGGAGAAAUGACAUCAAUGAUGUGACACCACCAACUGAAAGAGUUCGACAAGUUUUGAGCCCUAGCGCUGCUCAUUCCCGCUCUGAGUCGAUCAAGUGGCGUCAGAGCUUUGGACUACCCACUGACGCUAAGACUCUUAAUCAGACUCAAUUCCAUAUCACCACUUCUAGAAUCAACGAGACCUCAUCAGCGACUUCAUCAUAUCAAAGUGGGGUCAUCACCCCCAAAUCACAGACUCCAGUCACUGUUUGGUCCUCUGCAAAGACUGGCAGAGGACAUUUUCCCUGCUCUUCAGAGACGACCGUAAAUACAACCCACAGAUCCACUGUUUUAAAUCUUUCAUCUCUUGCCAGGCAGCAUCCUAGGACUUCCUUUGCAAGGAGCCUUGCACCUGACCACAGGUCACAGUGUCCCAUAGAGGGAGAGAUCAAGAGUAUGGUGCACAUAUCUAAGGAUAAAAGCGUGUUUGUUGAACUGGAAUCUAAUAGGACCAACCAUGUUCAGGUUCGAAGCAGGGAAAGGAGCGAGGGAAAGGAGAGAGUGGACUUGCUAAGUGAAAUUAAAAGAGAAGAGGAGAGCGUGAAGAUAGAUGAUAAAGAAGUACAUCUAGAAAGAAGAGAGGAUGAAUUUAUUGAUGAGGCAGAUUGUGAGUCAGGCAACAGGAGAAAUCCAGAGAAGAAGCAGGGCUUUCCUACAUUGUCUUUGUCCAGUGCCAUUGACCCUGGCAUCACAUUCAGACCUUGUAUAGCUCUUACCACAGAGGAGAGGAGCAGGAUGUUCAACAGGAGGUACUAUGCUGAAAAAAGCAAGAAGGGGGUAGCUCCUCAUGGUAGUGGACCUGUGCAGAACAAGGUGCAGCGAGUCAAAAGAAAGCUCCAGUUCAUCCAAGUCAACAGGGAAAAUGAAGCACCGGGUCAUUCCAGGAAGCAUGCACAUGCUGUUUGAUAUUCCAGUCUUGGUUGUUAGAUAAUGGUUUUGCUAAGUUCUAUAGAUGUUAAUGUAAGAUGUUUUAGGGUCUGAAUUUUCAGGCUAAUAGAAAUGUUUUCAGUCUUCUAAAGUGCAUUGCAGUACAUGGUACUCACCUUGUUCUCUCGGUUGUAACAGUCUAUGAGUAAUGUUUAAGUGCACAGUUCUUGUUAAUGAAGCCAAUAAAGCACUUCCUCUGUUUUGCA